AGGCACCCAUUUCUCCUCCUGUGACAGGGACAUUAGUGGAGCCUUCUUAGACCCACAGGAGGAAAGGGUUUGCUCAGCAAGUGAAUAACACGCAGAAGGUCAAAGCAAGAAGUAUCAUCCUACUCUUAGUCAGGACCUUUCUGAGUGCAACAGAAAUCCAGUUUGAACUCAGGCAAAAAGGAGACCUAAUUGGAAUGCUCAUGUUCACCAUCCGUGGAAGGACAGCAACUGCUGGAGCCCAGGAUUCUCUUGGACUGCAUGGAAGACACAGCUGCCGACAGCCUCCCUGCCUUUGCCACCAGUGAAGGAUUGACCACAUUCUCUCUUUGACCCCAAGUUUAAAAAAGAAAAUCCCUGGCAAGUGUAAGCAGGAGUGAGAUCAUGGCUGCAGAUUGAGGACAUGCUCCAAAUCCCUAAAUCUGAUAGAACAAAUAUUAUUAAAAACCCAUAUCCACGCAGGCAAAGAAAUGCGUUUAGGGGCUAAGAAAUCAUGCAGAAUCCUGAAAAGGUGUAGUGAAAAUGGGAUUCAACUGAAAAAGGAAACAAUAGCCAAGAUUGUACCCAGGAGGUAGAGAGGUUUCUAGGUGUGGAUUGCUUGAGCCCAAGAGUGUGAGGCUGCAGUGAGCUAUGAUUGUGCCACUACACUCCAGUCUGGGCGACAGAGUGUGGGACCCUGUCCCUAGGAUAAAAAAUAAAAAAAAAUAUAAAUAAAUAAAUUGAUGAUAUAGCAAGUGAAAAAUGACAGAUAUAGAGUGAAUAAUGUAGAGUUUUUAAAAUCCAGGAUAGGUGUUUUAUUAUACACACAAACCUACAUAAGUGAUAAAAUUAUAUGGAACUUAAUACAUACACACACUGCACACACAAAUAAAUACAAGUAAAACAGGCAAAUCUGACUGAAGUCUAUAGAGUGUAUCAAUGUCAAUAUCCUGAUAGUAAUAUUGUAGUUUUGUAAGAUGUCACCGCCUGUAAUCCCAGCACUUUGGGAGGCUGAGGUGGGCAGAUCACCUGAGAUCAGGAGCUCGAGACCAGCCUGACCAACAUGCAGAAACCCCAUCUCUACUAAAAAAUACAAAAUUAGCCGGGCGUGGUGGCGCAUGCCUGUAAUCCUAGCUACUCAGGAGGCCGAAGCAGGAGAAUCACUUGAACCCAGGAGGUGGAGGUUUUGGUGGGCCGAGAUCACGCCGUUGCACUCCAGCCUGGACAACAAGAGCAAAACUCCGUCUCAAAAAAAAAAAAAAAAAGACGUCACCAUUGGGGGACACUGGACAAAGUAUACAAGGGAUCUCUCUGUGUUAUUGCUUACAGCCACAUGUGAGUUUACAAUUAUCAAUAAAAAUUUCAAUAGAAAAAUCUCUUGAGAGUAACAGGUUAGUUACAAAAAUCUAAAUAACUGUCAGUUUAAAUGGGGAUGUCAAAAUGAAAAUUUUAAACGACCAUGUUUGAACUAAAUGGCAGUAGGAACACUGGAUGUAAAAACUUGUGGGGUGGAGUGAAGCCACUAGACUCUGGAAUCCAGGCCACCCUUCCCAGUGUAGAUUUGGCCAAAAGUUCAAAUGGAUGGGGCCCUUACCAGAAGCCAACCAGCUGUGGCCCAUGAAAUGUGGACUUCCCAGCCUCCAGCACUGAAUUCUACUUCUGUUGAAAAAAGGUCCAUAAGAUGCAAUUAUAAUAAAUGUAUUUCUGGGAAUGUAGAGAAAUACAUUUAAAAGACUCAGUUCUAGAUCCGGCACAUCAUUGACGUCAUCGUUGCCCGACGGCUCUCUAGGAGACUGGAGUCAAAUGCCGUGAGUCAGCCAUAAUGGCAGAUGAAGAAAUUAAUGAGGACUAUCCAGUAGAAAUUCAGGAGUAUUUGUCAGUGUUUGCGAAUUCCAUUGAUUCUGUGGAUGAGAUGCUGAAGAACAUGAUGUCUGUUUCUAGAAAUGAGUUGUUGCAGAAGUUGGACCCAUUUGAACAAGCAAAAGUGGAUUUGGUUUCUGCAUAUACAUUAAAUUCAAUGUUUUGGGUUUAUUUGGUAACUCAAGGAGUGAAUCCUAAGGAACACCCAGUAAAGCAGGAAUUGGAAAGAAUCAGAGUAUAUAUGAACAGAUUCAAGGAAAUAGAGAAGAAAAACGCUGGCAAGCUGGACAGAGGUGCAGCUUCAAGAUUGGUAAAAAAUGCCCUCUGGGAACCAAAACCGAAAAAUGCAUCCAAAGCUGCCAAUAAAAGAAAAAGCAAAAGUUAACUUUUUGGUUUUGAUGUACACAUAUUCAAAAAGUACAUCUUUUUUUUUUCCCACAAAAUAAUUCUGUGGCAGUGCAAGUUUAAAUGUAUUCCUUAUUGAAUUAAUGUGUAAAUUUACAGUAAAUUUGUAAAGCUCAAUACUUUCCUCUCCAAAGGUUGUUAUCUUUAUUGAUCUGCACUAUGAGGAUUUUAACGUUGUGAUAUAUUUUAUAUUUACAAUUUACCAUCUCUUUUGAAGAGAGUCUCAUUUCUUUAUAUAGGUCAGUCUUGCAAGUACCAUUUUUUAAGCAACUGUGAAAUUUAAGUGAGAUGUUCUUUGUAAAUAUUUAUACUAUUUUCAAUGAAAUAACACACUUAUACCAUCCACAGACACAUAUAAAAUACUCAAUAAAGGCCAUUUAAUGUAGCUGAUUGCAUGUAGCUCCAGGUACAAUUAGUUACUUCCCCAAUUCACUUUCUAUUUCUUCUUUCUCUUAAUUAUUUUGAGCUUAUCAGUUGUAGCAAAAGCACACACUAUUUUUCCUCUGUAGUAGUGUAGACAACUGAAAUGAUCUCUUGGUAGAAAUUUUAAUCCAGUCAUUGCUUUAUUUUAUUUUAUUUUUUAUUUUAGAUUUGGAGUUUCAUGUGCAGGUUAGUUACAUGGAUAUAUUUGCACAUAGUGCAAAUCAAUUGUCCUGAGGUUUGGGCUUUUAUUGAUCCUGUCACUCAAAAAGUGAACCUAGUAUCCUAUAGAUAGGUUUUCAACCCUUCCCCCCUCCCUUCCUCCUCCUCCUUUGGAAUCCCCAGUGUCUUUUGUUCUCAUCUUUAUGUCAGGGUGUACCCAGCGUUUAACUCCAAGUUAGAAGUGAAAACAUGCAAUACUUGGUUUUCUGUUUCUGCAUUAAUUUGCUUAGAAUAAUGGUUUCUAGCUGCAUCCAUGUUGCUGCAGUCUGUGAUUUCAUUCUUUUUAUGGCUGUGUAGUAUUCCAUGGUGUAUAUGUACCACAUUUUCUUUAUCCAGUACACCAUUGAUAGACACCUAGGUUGGUUUCAUGUCUUUAGUAUUUUGAAUAGUGCUGUUAUAAACAUACAAAUGUCAAAAAAAAAAAAAAAAAACCUAUGGGAUGAAGCCAAAUCAGUACUCAAAGGAAAAUGUAUAGCCCUAAAUUCAUUUAUUCAGAGACAAGUCAAGUUAAAAAUUAUUGAACUCAGCUUUCAAUUCAAGAAGCUAGAAAAAUAAAUAAAUUCAAAGGGUUUAAAAAGGGCCAGGCAAGGUGGCUUACACCUGUAAUCCCAGCAAUUUGGGAGGCCAAGAUAGGAGGAUUCCUUGAGGCCAGGAGUUGGAGACCAGUCCUGGCAACAUAGCAAGACCCUGUCUCUAAAAAAAUAAAAAAUUAGCCAGGUGUGGUGUGGUGGUGCACACCUGUAGUCCUAGCUACUUGGGAGGCUAAAGGGGAGGGUUGCUUGAACUCAGGAGGUUGAGGCUGCUGUGAGCUGUGAUGGUAACAUUGUACCCCAGCUGGGGUGCAGAGUUAAAAAAUAAAUAAUAUAAAAAUAAAUGUUACAACUCUUUUACAAGGAACUCUGUUACCAAAAUCAAAGGAGAACUUAGUAACUCAACAAAACUACAGGCUGGUUUCACUUAAAAAAAAAAAAAAAACUUAAAAUAUUAGCAAAUUUCAUUCAACUGAAUGUAUUAUUACAGCAUGACCAAAUAGGAUUUAUUCCAAGAAUGGAAGGGAGAUUCAAGAGUAGAAAAGAAUUUUCAUUUAAUUUAUUAUAUUGGCUGUUUUAAAAUUUUAGUUUAUUUUGUUAUUGAUUGAGACAAGGCUCUUGCUCUGUCGCUCUAGCUGGAGUGCAGUUAUGUGAUCAUGGCUCAUGCAGCCUUGAUAUCCUGGGUUCAAAUGAGCUUCCAACCUCAGCUUCCCAAGUAGCUAGGAUUACAGGCUCGCACCACCAUGCCCAGCUAAUUUUUUAAAUUUUUUGUAGAGAUGAGGUCUCCCUAUGUUGCUCAGGCUGAUCUUAAACUCCUGGCCUCAAGAAAUCCACCAGGCUUACUGACACCUUCAUUUCAGACUUCUGGCCUCCAGAACUGUCAGAGAAUAAAUUUAUUUUGUUUAAAGCCACUCAGUUUGUGGCACUUUGUGAUGGUUGCCCUAGGAAACAAACCCGCUGUCUAUUCCGGGGUAAGAAUAGAAUGGAAAAACUAGGCCGGGCACCAUGGCUCACACUGUAAUUCCAGCACUUGGGAGGCCGAGGCAGGCAGAUCAUCUGAGGUCAGGAGUUCAAGACCAGCCUGGCCAACAUGGUAAACCGGGUCUCUACUAAAAAUACAAAAAAAAAAAAAAAAAUUAACUGGGCAUGGUGGUAUGCACCUGUAAUCUCAGCUACCCGGGAGGCUGAGGCAGGAGACUUGCUUGAAUCUGGGAGGCAGAGGUUGCAAUGAGCCGAGAUGGCGCCACGGCACUCCAGCAUGGGCAACAGAGUGAGACUGUCUCAAAAAACAAAAAAACAAACAAACAAAAAAAAAGAAUAGAAUGGAAAAACGAGAAAGGUGAACUUAUAUGACCUGCUGGUUCACACUAACCUCUACCUGAGAAUUUAGAGUGAUCGCAGAUGGGUAUUAACCCAGGCAUUUGCUGGAGCAAGUAUAGCCCUCUAUGGAAAAACAGACCCUCAUCCUAAGCCUCAAAAGAAUUUCUACAAAUAUCUUCCACAGAAAAUGAGCAGUUCUUAGUCAAAAAUAACUGAGUACAAGAGGAGUUAAAGCACUAAGAGCCAGAGCCAGCACGAACAAUUUACAGCAGAAACAGACUCUGGAGACUUCAGAUGCUGCAAUAUUUAAGCAUAGCCGAUAAAAUAACUGUUCAGUGCAUUUAAAUAAAUAAAAGGCAAAGUUGAGAAUAUGUGCAGGGAAUUAAAAGCUCUAAAGAAUGAUGAAGCAGAUUUGAACAAUGAAACAGAACUUUAAGUCAAACGUGGAGAAAUCCAGAAUACAACAGUGGAAGAAAAGGAAGCUGCAGAGAGGAUAAGACACAUACGUGGAGAAAGUCUAACAUUUAUCUGAUUAGAGAGCCAGAAAGAGAAGAGAGAAAUAGAACAAAGUCUACGUAAGUGGGGUUCAGCCCUUAAAAGGUGGCUAAUACUUCUCUCUAGUCCUGGGCUUAGUGCUUGAUUUCAGCCCAGCCAGUCAAGUGGCUCACGAAAUAGAUGCCAAACCCUUUGCCUUGACUCCUCCCCAACCUUGGUCAUUUCUUCCUGCAAGAGGGGUAUCAACGAGCAGUUCCUGAGAACUAAGAGGCCUAGGACAAAGUGUCAUGAGGGGUGGGCCUUGAGGAUAUUGAAGACAUUGCCCAAAAUCAUGCAAGGUCCUUUCCCUGCACUUCCUAACUCAAGGGAGUGUCAUUCGUAUUGUAGUACAUGAGAAUGGCAUCACUUGGAGUUGGACAGUGCAUAGCCUGUGCAACUGAAUGCAGCAACCCAGCUAUCUCUGAUGCCUUUUCUGCCCAAGUUAAGUGCCCAUGGGGCUUUCCAAAUUUGACCAGUGCUUUUUUUCCUUUGUGUUUUGUUUCCUCCCUGUUUCCCUCCCUGGAGAAGGAUGAGAUCUGUCAUCGGCUGGAGGAUUUUAUGGCAUGAUAAAGGGAAGCUAAUAGCUCUGUACAGAAGAGCCAGUUACCUGGGAAACUUUCCAGGCAUGUUGUGUUUCUGGCAGCCCUGGGAGGCUGGGCUGUAAAGGCCACACCACUCACAAUGCUAUGGAGCAAGGCCUGGGUGAAGUUGUACAGACAUGUGAAUGUGCCUGUCCCCACCUCCCCUAAGAACACUGGCUGGGCCUUUUGUUGUCCUCUAGGUCCUCUGGCUCUGCCUGCUUGCUCCCUUCUGAGUCGAGCAUUUGGACCUGGUUAUUGGUGACCUAAGACACCUGGGUUUCCUGCUCACCUAAGAGUACAGUAGAUCAGGCCUGGGUCACAGCCCAGGAGAUAGAGUCUGGUACCAUUCUGCCCUGACUCACUGUAUGGCCUUGUCAAAUGACUGAGUCCCUCUGGGCUUUUGUCUUCCCAUCUUGCCCUGACUGCUUCUGAGCAUUGAGUUUCCAGCGAGAUUUUUGCGGCAGAGUGUUUAUAAACUGAGCUGCACUGAGUGUGUCUGAGAGGAGGUGGUAGUUAUACUAAGGGCAUUUGGGCCGCCUGGCAUAGCCAUGUCUCAUUUAGGGCCCAGCUUGUCUCUCCCAAACCUGCCUAUCAGAAAGGGCUGAGAUGACUUCAGAUACCCCCGCCCCCAGCCCACACCAUAGGCAGCAACAUCCAGUUGUCCUGUUUGACAUUUAUGCCCUGCACAUGCUCUUGAGGAGGGCAAGUCUGGCUCCAUGAAAAGUCUGAGUCACAGACGCUGUCAAGAAACAGGGACAUGGCAGGGAGCGUGCACUAUUCUUGGAGAAUCUUAACUGCGCUAAGGAACAGCUAACAGAGCAGUUUGUAAUUAGCACUUUGGCUGCUUGGCGGCGGCGUUUUCUGCCUGUGGAGGGUUCUUUUGUGAACAUUUGCCAAUUACCCUUCUUGAGUACCUACUAAGUGCCAGGCCCUGGCUGCCUAGUACCUGCUGUGAAUGGAGAGACAAAUGAAAGGUGUUAUCUUUUUCUCUUUUGUUCAGGCACCAUUCUAGGAUUAUCUACUGGGAUUAUGGCAACAAAUAAGACAGACAAGUUCCCUGCUCUCCUGUCACCUGUGCUGGGAUGAAGGGAGGCAGUCUUCAAGUACACAAAUCAGAUCAUUGGAAAGUGUGGCAAUGGGACUGAACUGGGCAGGAGAGGAAAGCUACACUGCAGAAGGGACAGGGAGGGCAUGACAUUUGUGCCCAGACCUGAUUGA